AUGUUUGCUAGAAUGAUCAUCGCGAUGAUUGUAUGCAGUAAUCCCGCACCCGUGAUAAGCUAUUUAAAUGGUUUAAGACUGUAUGGCAAAUUACUAAAAGAUCAAUGUGUACAAAACUUUUUAGAUAAUUGGUAUAUUUCACCAUUACAAUUUGAUUUAGAAAGUGAUAAAGAUGAGCAAGUUAACAUAAAAUUAAAUGUAGGAGAUGUUGUAAAUGUAUUAGAAGAUAUUACACCACUUGGAAAUAUAUCUCAAGAUGCUACUGAUAUGGUUACAAGAGUAUCUUAUUUACGAAUUAUAGCAAUAAUUUUACAUUAA